AUGAGCUUCUUAACGCGUCUGCUAGCGCGCAACAAUUCACGAGAAAAUGUUUCAGAGGAGCAGACUCGAAAACUUUCUGCCGCAUCAACAUAUAUGCUACCAAAACGUCGCAUAUAUGUCAACACACCCUUACCCUCAAAUGAACUAGAUCAAAACGGCGAGCCGCAAGUGGUCUACGUGCCAAACAAAAUCCGGACUGCGAAAUACACUCUGUUCACAUUCCUGCCGAAAAAUUUAUUCGAACAAUUUCGUAGAGUGGCAAAUUUGUAUUUCUUGUUCUUGGUGAUAUUACAGUGUGUGCCAAUAUUUGGUGGUGAGAAUCCGGUGUUUUUUGUAGUUUCCCCGUUGUUGUCGAUCAUCAUAGUCACAGCGUUUAGAGAUGCUUUUGAAGAUUAUAAGCGGAGAACUCAGGAUAAUUUGUUGAAUCGGUCGAUUACACUGAGGUUGACUGGAUGGCGUAAUGUGAAUUUUUGUGCAGCUGAUGGCACUCAUGUAAGAGUGGGCGACCUCGUAAAACUAAAGAACGACGAAGCAGUUCCAGCCGACAUGAUAAUUCUUUCAACAAGUGAACCAGACGGCCUCUGCUAUGUCGAAACAAAAAAUCUGGACGGAGAAACCAAUCUUAAAGUUCGGCAUGCUAUCUCGUCGACUUCAUAUAUAAUUUCAGAGAGUGAUUGUGAAAACGCGAAUUUCUAUGUGGAGUCUGAGCCACCACACACAAAUCUCUAUUCAUAUACAGGAGUGUUGCAUUUUCUCUCGGGUAAUAAUAGCAACACUAUUAGUAGUGAUAAUAAUUCGACUAGUGAACAAAAAGUUGAACCUGUGUCUAUUAAUGAUGUGCUUUUGCGGGGAUGUAUCUUGAGAAAUACUGAGUGGGUGAUUGGAUUGGUGAUGUUUACUGGCACUGAUACAAAAAUUAUCCUGAAUUCUGGAGAUACACCGAGUAAACGAAGUCGAAUUGAAGUUGAAACAAAUUUUCAUGUUUCCAUGAACUUUAUAAUUUUAUUCUUCAUCUGCUUGGGCUCCUCGAUUGCCGACGGAUUCUACGUAUCACAAGCAUCGAGUUCCGCCGAUUUUUUCGAAGACGACGGAGACGAUGAUACCGGAUCAUCAUUGUUAAGUGGUCUCUUGACCUUUUGGAUAUGCUUAAUUAUUUUUCAAAAUAUCGUGCCUAUUUCGUUAUACAUCACUAUUGAAAUGGUCAAAACCGUUCAGGCGUAUUUCAUUCACUCUGAUGUUGAUCUGUACUAUGAGAAACUUGAUUACCCAUGUACUCCAAAAACCUGGAACAUUUCCGAUGACCUUGGCCAAAUUGAAUACAUCUUCUCAGACAAGACAGGUACACUAACACAGAACGUGAUGGAAUUCAAGAAAUGUACGAUCAACGGAGUGUCAUACGGUAAAGGUGAAACAGACACAACUCGUGGCUCGAAACUACAACAGAAACUUGAUGGCGAAAAGGAAUUUGACUCAGAAGACGAUCUAAAUAAACAUCUUGAAAGAGAAAAACAAUUAAUGUUGGAUGAGAUGAGCAAACUAUUCGACAAUCGCUACGUCUCGUCAAACGUCACAUUCAUUGAUUCAAAACUAUUUCAUGAUCUAAAACUAGAGAACCAACAAUCGCGUGCAAUCCACGACUUCUUUUCCGCGCUUGCUCUUUGUCAUACCGUUCUUGCAGAUCGGCCUGAUCCAAAUAAUUCAUUCCUGAUUGAUUAUAAGGCUCAGUCGCCGGAUGAGUCUGCUCUGGUGGGUGCGGCUCGUGAUGUUGGGUUCGUGUUUGUUGAUCGACAUCAAGAAACAUUGGUGAUUGAGGUGAUGGGUGAACAAAAGGAAUUCACGCUGUUGAAUGUGCUUGAGUUUAAUAGUACACGGAAGCGUAUGUCUGUGAUUGUUAGGCCACCAGAAGGUGGUGUGAUUUUGAUUUGUAAAGGUGCUGAUAGACUUCGAACACUGUGUAUUGCAUAUCGAGUAAUAUCCGAUGAAGAAUACAACACCUGGGCACAAAAAUACGCCGAAGCCUCAUCCAGUAUAAACGACCGUGAAGAAAAAAUCGCCGAAACAUGUGAACUAAUCGAACAUUCACUCACUCUAAUGGGCGGCACUGCAAUCGAAGAUCGUCUUCAAGAAGGUGUUCCCGAAUGUAUUGCAACCCUCGCACAAGCCGGAAUAAAACUAUGGGUUCUAACCGGCGACAAAACCGAAACAGCGAUAAAUAUAGGAUUCGCGUGUAAUCUCUUGCAAAAAGACAUGCAACUUAUCAUUGUUAAUGCGUCUGAUAAACAAAAUACUGCUAGUCAAUUACGCGAAGCAUUGGACACAGUGCUUGGUCCGCAGUCAAAGAAAACACAUGAUCGCCACGCGUUGGUGAUUGAUGGGCAGACGUUAAAACAUGCACUUAGUCCGGAGGUUAAAGAGUUAUUCCUAGAUGUGGGCAAACAGUGUCAGUCGGUGGUUUGUUGUCGUGUGAGUCCGUUGCAGAAGGCAAAGGUUGUUGAGUUGGUAAAAAAUGGUUUGAAUGUUAUGACUUUGUCGAUUGGAGAUGGUGCUAACGACGUUAGUAUGAUUCAAGAAGCAAACAUCGGUGUCGGCAUCGCUGGAGAAGAAGGUCGACAAGCAGCAAUGGCCGCCGAUUACGCGGUUGCUCAAUUUCGAUACCUGACAAAACUUUUGUUGGUUCAUGGUCGUUGGUCGUAUCUUCGUAUUGCGGAAAUGAUUUCAUGUUUCUUUUACAAGAAUAUCGUGUGGACUUUUGCCAUGUUUUGGUUUCAAUUUUAUGCUGGAUUUACCGCUACAUAUCUUUACGAUUACUCGUUUAUUACGUUCUACAAUCUUGUAUUUACUGCAUUCCCUGUCAUGUUUCUUGGUGCUUUCGAUCAAGACGUUGACGCAAAAACAUCGCUAAAAUAUCCACCACUAUACAAACGCGGUAUCCUUCAACAAGACUUUACAAAAUCCAAGUUCUGGCUAUACGUGCUAGACGCAAUCUACCAAUCCGUCAUCUGUUUUUUCAUCCCAUUCGCCACAAUGCAUUAUGGCUCAUCACACGCCAACGGACUCGACAACAACGGACUGCAACAACUGGGGACGUUAAUCGCCGGUACGGUUGUCGUAACCGUGAACCUUUAUGUCGGACUGAAUAUCUUGAGUUGGACGUGGAUGAUGUUUGUGGUCAUUGGACUCAGUAUCUUAUCGUUUUAUGCUUGGGCGGAGUUUUACUCGCUGUUUGUGUCGUUUGCGUUCUUUCGUGUGGAUCAGUUUCUGUACACAGAGGUGGAUUUUUGGCUUACGAUAUCGUUGGCGGUGCUUCUCAGUAUUUUACCGAGAUUCACUAUAAAGUACUUGCAUAAGACGUACUGGCCGAUUGACGUUGAUAUUGUACGCGAGCAAGUCUAUCGAUUAAAGAAACCAAAACAUCGUAAAAAACAAGGAAGAUCGCGCGAGAUUCCCGAAGAAGAUCAAAUCCCAAUAGCACCAAGAAAGACUGACGAUUCAAGUGGUACACAACACGAGUAUCCAGAUAGUGACUCUGAACAAGAAAUGCCAGCACCACCAUCACCAAAAUUAGAACCCACAACACCAUCAACUUUCGCACGAACAGUGUCUCUCCGAUCCGAAGACCAAUUGCUUUUCAUGGAUUCCGGAAAACGACAAUCGUUCACCGGGUUCGCCUUCUCCGGCGAAGAAAGUGGAUUCGAGUCGUUCCGGCGUUCGAUAUAUCGGCCUGUACAGAAUCGUUUGGACCUUCACCGCGCUCAAAGUCUGGCCACUUCAACCCCACGAAGAAAUAAUAAUAUAUUUUCGUCGACUUUGUCGCCUAUUAAUCGUAGUAGAACGCUGCCAAGUACUUUGUUCCGUCGUCGUGAUCCGUCACCACUUAGUCUGUCGCCGAACAAUCCUUCUAGUAGUGAUACAGAAAAUAAUGGUGGCGCUGGUGGGCGACGACAGAGGAGUACAGGUGGUGAAGAAGUAGAACUUUCUACAUUUAACCACCUUGUAUUAUCACUAUCAUCAUUCAGACCACCAGAAAUUUUGUAA